AUGGAGUUGAUGUCGAGCAGCGAGGAUGAAGGCGACUCGCCCACGUCGCUCCAAGACAGCCUCGAGGACGAGCUGCUGAGCCCCACAACGCGCACCAAAGUCAGCAGCAGCAGCGCAGACGCCAAAGUCGCGGCCGUGGACGCCGCAGUGGCUGCGUACUCGCUGGUCACGCCCAAGAAGGCUGCUCCUGCUGCACCCAGAGCGGAGCAGAAGGAGGAGCGGGAGCUCACAGCCAGCGAGCGCAUUGCAAGGAAGUACGGGCUGAAGAGGUCCUUCUGGGACGCCCAGACUGCUGGCGUGGACUCCGAGCAGCCAGCGCAGAAGCCGACCUACGUUUCGCCGUUCAGCGACCCGAAUGGGUUCAUGAACAUGAAGAAGCGGAGGCAACGGAGGCAGCAACCGACCGAGGAAAUGAGCGAGGAAGAGAUGAAAUCGGCCCGUGACGCUUUCUACGACGACUCGAAGAGCAAGGCGCAGGAUGUCGGACCACGUCCGCGACACAUUAUCGGUUCGGCCAUCCCCGAGCUCGACGACGCAGACGACUGGAUGUCGGAUUCGAAGGAAAUGAAACGAGCGCCUUCCAAGCGACCAACGCGGAAGCGACUACCAAAGGAGGAAAGCGAUUCAAGCGAGGACGAGAAAGAGGCCUACACGAGCGAGCGAUGGCCGCAGCUUGAUCCUCCGACGGAAGCAGGAGGUAAACCUCUUGAAGUGUGUGCGAACCUAAACAGCUAUUUGUUCGACUAUCAGCGUGAAGGAGUGGAGUUUCUCUACAGCGCCUAUCAGCGCGACACUGGCGCAAUUCUGGGUGACGACAUGGGUCUGGGCAAGACCAUUCAGGUUAUCGCGUUCCUGUCGGCCGUUUUGGGCAAGCACGGUGAUUACCGCGAUAAAGACGCAUGGAAGGCGUUGCUGCACCAGCGCCGGGAACGGUAUAGCAACACCAGUGGUGGCCAUCCUGAAGAUACCGGCUUCAGCUUUGCUGGAGAGGUUGCACCGAUAUUUAUUGUGAUGCCAGCAUCCCUGCUUCAAAAUUGGGAGCACGAACUACACACGUGGAUGAGCUGCAGCACUAUCAUUCUGCGAGGGAAGCCCAGCGACCGUAACGCAAUGAUUGACCAGAUUGCAAGGGGCGAAUACGAGAUCGUCAUUUGCAGCUACGAUAUUUUGAAGAUGUAUCUGGCCCGGCUGCAUAAAAUCCCGUGGGAAAUGGUGAUUUUAGACGAGAUGCACUGCUUGAAAAACCCUGAGGCACAGCUGACUAAAGCUGUCAAAGCAAUCAAGUGUAAACGGAAGCUUGGACUCACCGGCACACUGAUGCAGAACAACGAGAAAGAGCUGCAUUGCUUGGUAGAUACAAUAGCUCCGGGGGCGAUUGGGUCCUGGGCGGAGUUCAGGAUGUACUAUGGAGAUGAUAUCAAGUACGGAAGAAAGAAGUCUGCUGCCCCUGAAGCCGUCAAGCGGAGUCACCAGAAAGAAAAGGAACUCCGCAAAAAGCUGCGGCCAUAUUACUUCCGCCGAGAGAAGGAGAUCAAUCCAACAUUCCAAGAGGUUAAAAAGAGUGACCAAGUGGUGUUCUGCGACCUCACCCCACUUCAAAUGGCUGCAUACGAGCGAGUGCUAGCCAUGCCUGAGUUUGAGCUGCUUCGGCGAGGAGAGGAACAGUGCGAUUGUCGUCGUGAUAGUAAGGAGAAGCGAAAGAAAUGCUGCUACAAGACUCCCAUGGACUUAGGUGAUGCUCCUGGGUUGCUAUACGAACGCUUUCACGAGGAUGGAGCGUGCAAGAACUGCCCAAAUUGCAUGGGUCUUCCGUGUGUUGCCAUGCUGUUGAAGCUAUCUAAUCACUUGGAGCUGCUCAAGGUGAAUCCGCACGACGCACCGGAGCUUCAGCAUUAUCAAGCUGAGUUUGCAAGAACAGCAUUUGGAAGCGACCUUGACGUUGUUGGAGGUGUGAACCAGGUGUCAAGUUUUCAGGAAAUGUGCGCGAUUUCUACAAAAACUUGCGGGAAAAUGAUCGUACUGGAAAAACUGUUGGCGGUAUGGAAGAAGCGUAAGGAGAGGACGCUGAUUUUCAGUCGAAGCACUCGAAUGCUGGACAUCAUCCAGCUCUUUUUGAUCACGAAGGCAACCAGGUACAGCAGGCUGGAUGGAAACACCAAGGUGGAGGAGCGUCUGCAGAUGGUGAACGAUUUUAACAACCCUGGCAGCAAUACGACCGUGUUCCUGAUCAGUACGAGAGCUGGCGGUGUGGGACUUAAUCUACAGAGUGCCACAAAUGUCGUGAUUUUUGACCCUAGCUGGAACCCAUCCCACGACUGCCAGGCCCAGGAUCGGGCGUACCGUAUCGGGCAAACGAAGGAUGUACAAGUCUACAGACUAAUUACCUUGGGAACAAUCGAAGAGAUGAUCUACGUCCGGCAGAUUUACAAGCAGCAGCUCAGCGACACGACUUUGAAGGGCGCCAAUGCACCGCGAUACUUCGAGGGCGUUCAGGGCAACCCUCAGCAGCGUGGAGAGCUCUUUGGUAUUGCGAACCUGAUCUGCUGGAAGCCUGGUGGUGUACUCAAAGGUAUUCAAGAUGCGUACCAGCGUAGCCGCGACGGCUUGAUAAUUCAGCAGAACAGAGUCCGAUACGAUGGUACUGCGAUGAGAAAACCCACGAAGAAGUCGACCCCGAAGAAGCAACCCAACGUUGUGGAUGAUGACGAAGGGGAGAUGAUCGAAGUGGCGGACGAGUUGGUUUCCGAUAUGCUCUCGGCCGAUGAGCCGCCUACACAACCCACUCCCGAAGGAAAACCUGCUGCUGUAAGCAGUGACAGCGGUGAUGAUGAUGACAUGGACGCGUUACUGAAUGGAGCCACGACAUUUCGCCACGAAGAGAUCGUCGGUGAACAGGACGAUGAGCAUGAAGCAUAUCACUUGGAAGGCGACACGGCAGUGAUCGGCGAAUCGGAAUCGGAGCAAGAUGUGGCAGCUCCGAGAGAAGCCCCCGAUCAAGAUGUCUCUGGCCAACAAGCAGCACCAGCUCAUUCAACUCCCGUGAAGUCGCGUGGCAGCAUUUUAUCACGCAUGAAGGACAUGAAAAGUCCCAACGGCGACUCGACUCCAGACGAACCCGGUCAAAAGAGAGUCUACGUGCCGACAUAUCUGUAA